CAACCAACUUCCUUCACUCAAGCUGACAAGACUAGACAAACACCUGCUCAAUUUCCCUCUCGAUUAAAACACCUUGCUCCCAAAUUUACCAUAAUAUUGCACCAACAAAGAAAAGCCACACCUCCUCCCCUCCUCAGACGAAUUGAAAGAAGAUGGCGGCACCACCACCAGCCCUGACGCUGCCCCCCUCCCAAUUCGCCCGCCUCCAACCUCACGCCUACCUCCUCGCGCACCUCUCCCCGCCCGCCUCGAGCAACCAACCCUCCAUCCGCGCCAACGGCCGCGCCUCCUCGCAGUUUCGUCCCACCUCCGCCAACACCGGCUCGCUCACCCACACGAACGGCAGCGCCGUGGUCCGCGUGGGCGACACGACCGCCGUGUGCGGCGUGCGCGCCGAACUCCUCCCCACGAGCGACAUUGCCUCGUGGAGCGUUUCGCGGUCUGGUGCUGCGAAUAACGCCCAACAACGUCAGACCAGCAGCAACAGCAACAGCAACGAUGAAAUCGACCCCGAAGAAUCCCAGAUUCAAGACUUCAACCUCCUCGUGCCGAACCUCUCGCUGAGCACCGGCUGCGCCCCCGGUUUCGUGCCUGGUGCGCCUCCCUCGGCGCUGGCGCAGUCCCUCUCGCAUCAGAUUCUGGCGCUGCUGCAUAGUACCCGGUUGGUGCGGGCGGAUGAUCUGCGCGUGUGGUAUCAGGUGCCUAGGUUGGGUGAGACAGAUACGAAAGGGCAAGGGCAGGGGGAGGGAGGCAUGGAUGUCGAUGAUGAUACCACCACGCACGGUCAAGGAAAGAGGGAGAUCAAGGCGUUUUGGGCGUUGUAUAUCGAUAUCAUGAUCGUUUCGUUGGCGGGGAACCCCUUCGACGCGGCGUGGGCGGCGGUAUUGGCGGCGCUGCGCGACACGAAACUGCCGCGGGCGUGGUGGGAUGUCGAUAAUGAGAUGGUCGUGUGCUCAGAUGCGGUGGCAGAGGCCAGGAGGCUGGCGCUGCGUGGAUUGCCUGUUGCGAGCUCGUUCUGUGUGUUUGAGGCGGAUGCAGCGGCCGGGUGGCGCGCGGUGAUUGUGCCUGAUGCGGAGGAAGAGCGAGAGAUUGAGGAGAGCGCGAGAAAGGGGAUGCUGCGGCGGUGGGUAUUGGCGGAUCCGGAUGGAUAUGAGGAGGGGCUGAGUCAGGAGCGUGUCUGUGUGGUUGUUGAUAAGGUGGAUGGGAAGACUGUUAUUGUCAAGCUGGAGAAGAACGGAGGGUGGGCGGUGGAUGGGAGGGAGUUGAAGCAGUUGGUCGAGAUCGCUGCUGAUAGAUGGGAGGCUGUGAAGGAGAUCUUGGAGCAGUGCUGAGGUUCUUCUUCUUUAUUUGUUCUAACAUCUCCGCGUAAAUAGC